GCCCAUUGUUUUCUGGACAGAGGUAGAAUUUCUACUGGAGAGAGUGAUGAAAACGAACAAACAAUUUGCAUAACUUUCCAUAGACAGAAGUACCAGCCAUGAAAGUUUGCCCAACAUGAUACUGAACUUGUACUGAAGAGCCAACGGUACAAUGACUGGAUGCAAUCUACAGAGUUGCAACAGUUGACAGCGUCUGAGCCCCUGACUCUCCAGCAGGAAUAUGAAAUGCAGAAGAGCUGGCACCUGGAUGAAAAUAAAUGUACUUUUAUCCUACUGCUGAAGGAGAAAUGGGAUGAUCCAGAGUGUAACGAGAUAGAUUGCAUGUGUGGAGAUGUCAACUUGUACUUCAUAGACCCAGAUGACAGCGGUGUGAAAACUGCAGAGGUGGAAAUCAUGAUAGCAGAACCAUCUUGUAGAAGGAAGGGAAUUGGCCGAGAAGCGCUUGUACUUAUGAUUCAAUAUGGGGCUACUAAACUCAAGGUUCGCCGAUUCAUUGCAAAGAUUGGGCUCCAGAAUCAGCCAAGCUUGGCUCUAUUCAAGAAACUUGGCUUCAAGCAGGAAUCGGUGAGUGAAGUCUUCCAAGAAGUGACCUUGCAACUUGAAGUGACUGAGGAAGUCCAGCAUUCUCUGAAUUUGCAGACAAACCACAUGAAAUACAGAGACUAUAAGACAAAAAGGUGACUGGGACAGACUUUCAAAUGCUAAGGCAGCAAGCUGGUCGUUCUUUGUGUUAGCUAUUCGACAGGACGGCAAUAUGGCCAGCCAAGUCAGCUAGCCACAUGGGCAGGGUGCUGGUCGGCUUAAGUUAACCAAUUACUGCAUAAAGAGAUGGAAGACCAUUCAUUGGAAAAGUCAGUUGGUCGCAAUUAUGUGGAAUUGUUGCAACUUGGUUCGGUGGCUUUUAAGUUCUUGGCCGGCUAGCAAAGUAAUCAACUGACCAAGGCACUCGGGAGUCCGUGCACAUAAGGAGGCCCACUAAACCAUGACCUGGCCAAAUGAAUUGGUAGCUAGUCCAGCAAAUAGCCAGCCAACCGGAUCAGCAACUACAAUAAUAGGCCAGCCAGUCUGACAACGACAUGAUUGACCAGUCUGGUCACCAAAUAAUAACCAGGUUAUUCCACUUUUCAAAUUCCUGUCUUUUUGGUCACAAGGCCAAUCAUGAAAGUUACUAGCAAGUCAGCUAAUCAACCACCAGUUCAGUGGACAAGAAGCCCUCCAUUGGCUUUUAUCAACCAGGAAAGCAGCCAUCAUUUGUAGCACAUACACAGAUUGAGCCUGCAUAUAAACAGCUCAUCUGACUAUGCCACGGCACUUAAACUAAUACAGGUCCAUGGCAUACCACAAACUAGUGCUCCAUUACUUAUUAUUAAUAGAAAUUCAUGGAAGGGAUAGGUUCCAAAGAUCACACAGGAUUUCCUUCUUAUAUUGACAUACAUGUAACAAGAGACAACAUACCCUCAGUCAGUGUAACGUGUUUCCUAUGGAGAAAGUUUAUUGAAAUUACAUUGUCAUGCAAAAUAAAGAACAGUCCUUUCUAACAAGCACUAGUUUUGUUUACACAUGAAGAGGUACAUACAA